AUGCAGUUUAACAUCCUGCUUCUAUCAACUAUUGUUGGACUUUUCAGCGCUGCUAACAGUUACAAGACUGUUGUGAAAGAAUUGGAGACUUGUGACGGCGGUUCAUGUUACCUUACUCCUCAGACAGUGUUAGCUAUUCCCAUAACUGUCACCCUUGGAAAAACAACGACUGUUUACACCUCGUAUUGCCCUGACAGUAUCACGCCAAUUGAAGAGGAAACAACCACAGAGGAAGAGAUAGUCAGUACAGAAGUAGUCGUUAUUACCACAUGUGGUCCAACAGGAUGCACGAAGGUUACUAGUACAUCAGGAGUCACUUCAUCAUCAACAGAAGAGACAUCCACGAAAAUAACUAGUUCUGAGGAUACUAUUACUCCAACAUCAUCCUUCGCAGAUGUAACCACAGAGACUCCAUCGCCCGAUACAACAAGUUCGCAGACACCAACAAGUUCUGAGACACCGCCAGUGGAAACUUCAAGUGAAGAACCGCCAACUUCAGAAACAUCUUCUGAAGAAAGUACCACAAGUGAAGUUCCGACGACAGAGACAUCUUGUGAAGAGUCUUCCACAUCGGAUCUUCCAUCUAGCAAAGAUUCAAGUACUAUUUCGUCCACCGAGACUCCUGAACCGACUACAAGUACAACAACUGAAAGUAGUUCUAAAAUCAAGACAACUUCAAGCAAAAGCUAUUCCAGUAAAACUAAGACUAGCUCCAGUAUUGAAACAACUUCAAGUGACAGCAGUUCCAGCGAAAGUAGUUCCACUCGUAAGAAAACUUCCAGUAAAACUAGUUCCAGUCAUAAGACCACUUCAACCGACAGCAGUUCUAGUGAAAGUAGUUCCACUCAUAAGACAACUUCAAGCGACAGCAGCUCGAGUGAAAGUAGUUCCAUUAGUAAGACAACUUCAAGCGACAGCAGCUCCAGUGAAAGUAGUUCCACUAGUAAGACAACUUCAAGCGACAGCAGCUCGAGUGAAAGUAGUUCCACUAGUAAGACAACAUCCAGUAAAAGCAGCUCCAUUGAAACUAGUUCUAGUAUUGAGACAACUUCCUAUGAGAGCAGUUCCAGUAUUGAGACUUCAAGCGAAAGUUAUUCCAGUGAGACAAGUUCCAUUAUUGAGACAACUUCAAGCGACAGCAGUUCUAGUGAAAGUAGUUCGACUCAUGAGACAACUUCCAGUGAAAGCAGUUCCAGUGGAAGUACUUCUGAAAGCUCUAGUGUUAAAACCAGCUCUUUUGCUGAUUACACUUCAAGUACGAGUUCGCCUGCUCCAGAAACUACCACGAGCAUCAGUACCAUAAAGGAAUAUCACACUGAUAAUAUCACAAUAACAACCACCUCAACUAUUACCACUUGUGAUAAAAAACGUUGCACAACAUACACAAUUGUUAGUACGUUCUGUAGUACACCUCCACAAGAGACUUCGGUAGCUGAUUAUACUUCCAGCUUUUCUGAUAGUUCUGACAUUGUUCCCAGUUCCACAGAACCUGAACAACCAGUUCCGGAAACUUCUAGACCAGGGGAAUCAACUCCAACGCCAGAAGUGCCAACUCCAACACCGGAAGAGCCAAAACCCAAAGAGCCAACUCCAUCUCCAGAAGAAUCAACUCUAACACCGGGAGUGUCAACUCCAACACCGGAAAAGCCAAAGCCCGAGGAGCCAACUCCAACGCUAGAAAAGUCAACCUCAAAACCAGAGGUAUCAACUCCGGCAACGGAAAGGCCGACUCCAACGCCAGAGAAGUCAUCUCCCACACCAGAGAAGUCAUCUGCAACGCCAGAGGAAUCCACUUCAACAUCGAAAGAGCCAACUCCAACAUCAAAAGAGCCAACCCCAACCCCAACCCCAGAACAGCCAGUACAGGAAGAAGGAACGUCAAAAAGUCAUGACCAUUCUUUGACAAUAACUUCCUCCUUAGUCAUAACCAAAACUUUAAAGAGUGACACACCUGUACCUACGGAAUGCUCACCCAGUGAGACAUUCAUUGGUGGAAUUUGUGAGCCAUUGACACAAACAUCUGGAGAAUCUUCUGUUCUACCGUCGAUCAGUUCAUACAUUGACGACGCCAAUAGAAUCCCGAUGAGGCUGGGAGGGAUUGUCUUAAUUCAUCUGUUAAUGAUACUAGUGUGA